AUGAUGUCGUUUGGCAUCAGGAAGAGGAAUGGACUAACUUUAUCAGCGUCAUCGCCAUUGCAGGGUCAUGCUCUGUUCUUCAAGUUUAGAGCUUUCUCAGUUCCGCAUAGUCUGUUGAUUUUCGUCUCUCCAACGAGGUUUCAGCGACUGUGCGCAGUAAGACCGAGGCAUGUUCUGUGUCUCUGGAGUAGGGAUUCGAUGCGGGUUGAUGGGGUCUAUCAGAUUUCGUUUCGAUGUGGAGACCUUCUUGAGUUCUCAGCCAUCCCAGUACAUGGUGGUUCACUUGAGCUUCCUCGUAGGCUGUUCUCUUCUUAUUGCAGGUAUGCUUUCUUUUUCCUGAUCUCUUAUCGGCUUCUAGAGCUUAACGUCAGUGGAGGCGAAAAGUUUGGGAGAGUUUAUCAAGAACCAGCUACUCUGAUGAUGGUACGGAUGUUCCGGCAACCGAGGAAACGAGGUGAACGCCACCCGCUCGUGGUUACCAUUAUCGGUUGA